GCCUGUGCCGCCGCGAGCGCCGCUGGUGUAGUGGUAUCAUGCAAGAUUCCCAUUCUUGCGACCCGGGUUCGAUUCCCGGGCGGCGCAUACGGUAUUUUUGCUUUUCCUCUUCUCAAAAUACUAAUUCUCGGUGACGGUAGAGCUUUGAAAAGGAAGGAAAUCCUGGAGCGAGGGAGCAUCCUCUCCGGGGCAUCGCGAACGAGACCAUCUCAGAGACUGACAAUGCUGUGAAAAUGUGGGCAGGGCCGCGGGCGACCGGGUCGGAAGCUGAGGGGCGUCUGCAAACCAGCAAACCAACGGCUCAAACACGCCUACCGGUCGCUCCCGCGCGCCUCCUGCGGCUGCGGCCCCUUUAACGCGCGGCGCACGUCCUCCUGGGAACGUCGUCCGCGGGCCCGCCUGCCCUGGACUGUGGCUUCCGGCGGCCCCGGGAGGCGCGAUGCUGGUGGCGGCGGCCGCCGAGCGGAACAAGGAGCCCAUCCUGCGCGUGCUGCGGCAGUUUGUGGACCCGGCGCGGCGCGGCGUGCGCGUGCUCGAGGUGGCGUCGGGCUCCGGACAGCAUACCGUCCACUUCGCGCGGGCCUUCCCCCGCGCCGAGUGGCAGCCGUCCGACGUGGACCAGCGCUGCCUGGACAGGGGCUCUUCAGAGCAGCAGGACACCUGCUCAAGCCCAAGGCCGUGCUCAUUACUUAUGGGGAACCCAGAAUGGGGGCUGCGGGACACAGCCCUCCUGGAGGACCUGGGCCAGGCCAAUGGCCUGUUCCUGGAGAGGAUGGUGGACAUGCCCGCCAACAACAAGUGCCUGGUUUUCCGAAAAGAGUAACCGCGCUCCUCCCACACACCUGUGUCCCUCCUUGAGGCCCCUACAAACCUAGACCACCAGGCCUCCCUGGGCUGGGCCAUGGGAACUGGCCUGGUCCAGUCUGGGAGCUCGUGGCUGGUGGCCGCAGGGCUGCUGAGAGCCUGGGAAUAAUAAAGGUUUCUGCUGCCCCA